CCAAAGAGUGGAACGUGACGUGAUUCCUACAGGUUAUUGUUCUCGUGGUGUGCAGCAGAUGAAAGAACUAAAUGGUUAAGAAUUCUCCGGAGAAAACUUGAGUUAUUCAGUCGCUAGAUGGCCUUUGUUGAGGAUAACAUGGAGGCAAUUCCGGCAAUGUAAAAGUGGUUGUCUAUCUGUCAGGUCUUGUUGUUUUCCGUCUGAAGAGUGUAUUUAUACUCUCCCCUAGGUUCAUUUCUCGAUGUCAAGAUGAAGUCAUCCAAGCAUACAGGACGGAAGAAGCAAUACCUGGCACCAGAUACAGUGGAGCUGGAAUAUGAUGAAUUCAGUCCGAGUGCUCCAAAUUUCUCCACUGGAACCAUUCCAUUGCAGUACAGGGAAACCAGCCACUACCUAAGACAUUCCGGAGGCGUUCAAGAAGAUGACGUCGCCCCGUCUGCUCCGCCAUUGGAUCACAUGGAUCAAGUAUAUGGUUACGAAACGACAUCUUUUGAUGCAGUGUGUGUUCCCCCUCCGCCGAGUUUGUCCGAAUGGGAAGAGGACCAGCAGCUGCAACUGGAACAACAGAAAUCACAGGCAGAUGGCGAGAAGAAGGAGCAACAAUGCGAACAACAAAUGGCCCAAGGAGAUGCAGCAGGAGGGUGUAGUGGGACGGGACCAACGAGUCCGACCCGUCUCCAAAUCGCCGACCUUCCGCCCGUCAGCGAAGUUGAUGCCCGUAAUGCUCUCCUCGGCAUGGUGACGGAGCACUGCUGCUGGGGUAGGGCAGCCGCCCGUCACAUGUCCAUUGGAAAAAUCCUUUCUUCAUCCGCUUUUCACUACGAAAUUCAAACGUUCACCGAGAAACGCGAGACAUCGUGGGCUUUUAUGCCGCAUGGCGGAGGCGAAGUUGACGGGCCUCGUUGCGGUCCAGCCCCUCGUCCGUGGGACAUUCCGGCCGAUCCGACAGACCUUUUUCGCAGCGAAAUGAAAGUACUUCAAGUGCCACACACGGCGUCUGUCAAAACGUGUCACCGUUGUCGCGGAGCCGGGAGCCUCCUCUGUCAAGAAUGUCACGGCAAAGGAUGGACGAGGUGUCUGAGUUGCCACGGCGACGGAUGGGGUUCCGAUUCAGCCGGCAACAAGGAGCGCUGCUUCUUCUGCCAGUCGUCGACGCACGGAAGAGGACGUCAGGAUUGUUUAAAAUGCAACGCCAAGGGCCGAGUGGCGUGUCCGCCGUGCGACAGCUACGGCCAAAUCCGCUGCUACAUCAGUCUGACCAUCACGUGGAAGGCCAAUACGUCGGAGCACAUCGUUGCUAAGUCGUCGCUACCCGAAGAUCUCAUCCGCCAAGUCUCGGGUCAGGUGGUCUACGAAGAGGAAGGCCCGCGCAUCACGCCGUUGCAUCACUUUACCGACCCGACCAUCAGCCUGGCCUCCACCCAGUUGGUGCUCAAUCACAAUCGUCAGUGGCCCGAUCAGAGAAUUCUCGCUCAGAGACAACAAGUCAGAAUGGUGCCCGUCACCGAAGUUCACUACACUUGGAAACGGCGAACGGGCAAAUUUUACCUUUACGGCUACGAGCACAAAGUCCACGCACCCGACUAUCCUCAAACUUGCUGUUGGGGCUGCUCCAUUUUGUAACUAUAUGCAAUUCCAAAGCAAAAGAAAAACAACAAGGACGACAGCUUAUGGCCGUCUGACAUGAAACUUGCUUAGCCCACUGACAUGCACAACUCGUACAUAAUUCAAGUGUUUCAUGCACAUAAAUGGCUAAAGGAAAAAUGACAGUCUGCUUCUCGUACGGCCGCUUCUUCAAUUUGACAAAUUAUUUGGGACAUUUUUUUUUUGUUUUUAUAGACGCCGACUUUGCCAAACAGUCCAACCCAAAAAAAAAGAUCACAAAUACUUUUGUUUGUUUGUUUUUUUAUUUCUUCAUCAUGAUUUUAUAUUUAGUGGUGUUUUCCUCAAUGUGCGUGUGUUUUUGUUUCAAAACCAUCAAUUGAACGUCUUUCUACGGUGCGUGUAAAAUUGUUGGAACAAAUGCGUGAAUGUUCGCAUCCAUGACAGGCAACACAGGAAGUUGUUCUUUUGUUUUUGACGUUAUUUUACUUGAGGUUUUUUGGCCUGUGUUUUUCGUAAGCAAUUAUUUUCUACCUCUUGGCGGCGAAAUGAAUUUGUUUUUUUUUUAUCAUCAGCCCAUCACCUCCGGUUGCAGUCUUGCCCUCAAUGUAUUUAAUUUUCUUUUCUUUUUUUUUCGUUUACGGUCUUAAUUAUGUUUCUUACUGUGCCUCUGUACUCGUGUCUUUAAUUGCAUUUCAGUGUUUUUGAUUACGUUCGUCUUUCCUAUCGAUUUUUUAUUAUUAUUAUUUUUUUAUUUUACAUAUACAAAUGUGUUUCCAUUUGUUUUUUUAAUGGGAAUAAUUUUGCAAAAGCUCUUUUGGUAAUCAAUUUCAAUCUUUUUGUAGCAGCUGUACUCUUUUUGUUUCUCUAUGUUUUGAUUUCGGAGGAAAAAAGUCGGGUUUGGGCUGGAUUUCUUUUGGAUCUGUUAUGACGCCCAUCGUCUCGCUCUCUCGCAAAGAAAAAAAAAUAUUACAAUACACUCGAUCCUCGUCCA